AUGUCUAUGGCAUGGGAUCCGUAUUAUUGGCUAUACCGUAACCGGACUUGUAACGGCAAUGAGUUUAAGAGUCUCACAUCUGAGCUAGGUAGUAACGUGUUUAUGCCUAGCAUACACUUUCACUCGGAUACCGUUCCCGAUUUGGACGACUUAUUAAAUUCCCAGUCAUUGACAGUUUUGAGACGCUAUUUAUCUGAACCCUACGGCACGUGUAGUUAUUAUGACUAUAGUAGUGGUAGUGGACAGCCAUUCGGUGCCAUAUCUCAUACGAAUUUCGAAUGA